AUGAGCCGCGGAUCGGGCGCGGGCUACGACCGCCACAUCACCAUCUUCUCCCCCGAGGGCCGCCUCUACCAAGUCGAGUACGCGUUCAAGGCGGUCAAGUCGGCGGGGGUCACCUCGAUCGGCGUCCGCGGCAAGGACUCCGUCUGCGUCGUCACCCAGAAGAAAGUCCCGGUGAGUCGCCGUCCGCCCCCCCGGCCGAUCCCAGCUCUCGCGCCGCCGUUGCUGGCCCGAGGAGCUUGCGAAUUCGACCGCGCCCGAUUUGUUUACUGCCGAUUGAUGUGCUUCUGGUUGCAGGACAAGUUGCUGGAUGACACCAGCAUCACGCACCUCUUCUCGAUUACCAAGUACACCGGCUUGCUUGCCACCGGCCUCACAGCUGAUGCGAGGUCCUUGGUCUCCCAAGCAAGAAAUGAAGCAGCUGAGUUCCGUAAAAAAUGGGGAUACGAGAUGCCUGUGGAUGUAUUAGCAAAAUGGAUAGCAGACAAAGCACAAAUAUACACGCAGCAUGCGUACAUGAGACCCCUUGGUGUAGUUGCCAUGGUCUUGGGUUAUGAUGAAGAGAAAAAUGCUCAGCUCUUCAAGUGUGACCCCGCAGGUCACUUCUUUGGACACAAGGCAACUAGUGCCGGACUGAAGGAGCAGGAAGCAAUAAAUUUUCUGGAGAAGAAAAUGAAGGAUAGCCCGCAGUUCACAUAUGACGAAACUGUUCAGAUUGCAGUUUCUGCAUUGCAAUCUGUUCUGCAGGAAGAUUUCAAGGCUACCGAGAUCGAGGUCGGUGUUGUGAGGAAAGAAGACCGUGUCUUCCGGUCGCUCACGACAGAGGAGAUUGAUCAGCACCUAACAGCCAUUAGCGAGCGCGACUGA